AUGAACCAGUUCAGGAGUGGAGUGGAAGUAGCAAAUCUGGUGGCAAGCUUAGAUCUUCUCCAUUAUUCAUGGGAAGCAAUUGUGGAUCUGCACAGAGAAACCCAUUCAAGAGACCCAAACUUGCCCAUUUCCAAAGUUUAUCCGCAUCCUUCUAAGGGGACCAUUAUAGCAUUUAAGUCCUCACCCACUUGUACUGUUCAUCAUCUUCAAGGAGGAGGUAGAGAAUUUGUUUCAUCAGAAGCUCUUAAAGAGUCUUUUCCAGUAUUUGAAUUUAUCUGCACCAAAGUCAAUCGAUCCUUCUCCAUUAACAAAGCUGCAGUAACCCUUUUUGCCUCUCUGUAUAAUGAGCUAUCUCGCCUUAAAGAUCAGGCCAAUCUUCGGUAG